AUGGGUGCGCAUAUGCCGCGACAGCUUGAAGACCAUCUACUGACGCGCCGCAGCUACAUAGAAGGCAUCGUCCGUGGCUACCGCAACAGCCUCCUAACCAGCCAGGCCUACAGCAACUUGACACAAUGCGAGACCAUCGAUGAUGUCAAGCUACAGCUCGGCCCAGCCUAUGGCGACUUCCUGGCAGCCCUGCCCCCAAACCCGUCCACUUCCGCCCUCGCCAACAAGCUUACCGAGAAGCUCGUUUCCGAAUUCCGAUACCUCCAAGCGAACGCCACCGGAUCUCUCGCUAAGUUCAUGGAGUACCUUACCUACGGCUAUAUGAUCGACAACGUCGCGCUCCUCAUCACUGGUACACUGCACGAACGAGACACGCGCGAACUACUAGAGCGAUGUCACCCACUCGGCUGGUUCGAGACGAUGCCGGUGCUGUGCGUGGCGACGAACAUCGAGGAGCUGUACAACUCGGUCCUCAUCGAGACACCGCUGGCGCCGUACUUCAAGGGCUCGCUCAGCCAUCAAGAUCUGGACGAGCUGAACAUCGAGAUCGUCCGCAACACGCUGUACAAGAAUUAUCUCGAGGACUUUCACAACUGGGUAAACACAAACCCGGAUGUCAGGGGGACGCCGACUGCGGAGGUCAUGAGCGAGGUGCUGGAGUUUGAGGCGGACAGGAGAAGCAUCAAUAUCACGCUCAAUUCGUUCGGUACGGAACUGAGCAAGGCGGAUAGAAAGAAGCUGUAUCCCAACUUUGGGCGGCUGCACCCCGAAGGUACACUCAUGCUAUCGCGAGCGGAUGAUGUGGAAGGUGUGAGGAUUGCGGUGGAGGGAGUAUCAGAUUACAAGACCUUCUUUGACCAGACUGGCCUGAACCAAGGCGGUGGCUCGGCUGUAGGGAACAUGUCCGGCGGCGCUGGCGGUGAGGGCAAAAGCCUGGAAGACAUGUUCUAUCAGAAGGAGUGCGAGAUAUCGAAGCUGGCCUUUACGCGACAGUUCACACAUGCAGUUGUCUAUGCGUGGGUCAAGCUGCGGGAGCAGGAAAUCCGGAACAUCACGUGGAUAGCUGAGUGCAUAGCGCAGAACCAGAAGGAGAGGAUCGGGAACUACAUUAGCGUGUUCUGA